UGGUGGGGGGAUGAUCCUGUCGGCGCUCCUUGCGGCGAUCAAGGAAUGCGGCAUCGCCAGAAAUCUGGAGCGCGGGCGCAGGCUUCACGAGCAGGCCAUCCACAGCGGCCACGAUUCAAACAAGUAUGUGGCGGGCAGCCUUCUCAGCAUGUAUGCCAAAUGCGGCAGAAUGGAGGAGGCGCGCAUGGUCUUCGAUUCCAUGCGCCACCGCGAUGUGGUUCCCUGGACGGCGCUGGCAAUGGGUUACGCGGAGAAUGGACAGGAGGAGGUCGCGCUGGAAAUUUUUGGGCGGAUCGAGCAGCCCAAUGCGCUGAGCUUCGUGGCGGCCAUGAGGGCCGUGACGGGGCUAGCGCUGCGCGAGGCGGGGAGAUUGUUCCAUGGGAGGAUUGUCAGGGUGGAAUCGCUCAAGAGAGGCGAGUGGAUCCAUUCGCAGCUCCACUGCCUCGUGUCGGAUAUGGUGGCGAAUUCUCUGCUCGAUAUGUAUGCCAAGUGUGGAUGCUUGGAGAGGGCGCUCUGGAUUUUCGAGAGGAUGCCUUGCCACAGCAUCGUGUCUUGGAACGCUCUUGUGCUGGGCUGUGCCGAGAAUGACGAGGCAGCCAUGGCGGUGGAGCUGUUUGAGAGAAUGGUGGCCGGCAGCGCUUCUGGCCAGAGCUCCACUCCACCGCCACCGAAUGGAAGAAGUUUCGUCUCGGCGCUCAAGGCUUGCUCGGUUCUAGCAUCCCAGGAAGAGAGCAAAGAGAUGGUGGAUGGAAGAGCUGUGAAGAGUCGAGCUUUGGAGAGAGGGAAAUGGAUCCACUUGAGACUUUGUAGCAACAGCGAAGUUGGCCGAGACCACUAUGUGUCGAGCGCACUUCUCGACUUCUACGCAAAGUGUGGGAGCAUGGUGGACGCGCGCAGGGUGUUCGAUCGAAUGCCACAGCACGACUCGGUCACUUUGAACGCGCUACUGCUCGGAUACACGGACAACGGCGAGGACGAGAUGGCCUUGGAGCUGUUCUUGAGCCUCUCCAGAGUUCUCGGUGAUGGGAGGAGUUUCGUGGCUCCUCUCAAAGCUUGCAGCAAUCUGGCUGAGAAGGAACUAGGCCAAAUCGUCCAAGGCCAUGGGAAGCUUGUCAAGCUGGAAACUCUGGAAAGAGGCAUGCUCGUGCACUCGCUGGCAGUGAAAAGCCAGUGUGAGACGGACGUCUUCGUGGCGAGCAUCUUGGUGACGAUGUACGCGAGGUGUGGAAGCAUGGUGGACGCUCGCAAAGCGUUCGACAGGAUGCCAAGUCGCAAUGUGGUGUCCUGGAACUCACUCAUCCUGGGAUACUCCGAGAAUGGAGAGCCCGAGCUGGCUAUCGAGUCCUUCGAGAGCAUGGAACUCCAGGGAAACUCUCCAACUUUUCUAGCAGCGCUCAAGGCUUGUUCCAGCCUUGCCGACAAGGAAGGGGCGAGCUACGUCGAUGGAAAGCUUGUCAAGGCCAAGUCUCUCGAGAAAGGCGCAGCUCUUCACGUCCAAGCUUCCAGAGCUGGCUGCGACUCGGACACCUUUGUGGCGAAUUGCUUGGUGGACAUGUAUGCCAAGUGUGGGGACUUGGCCGAAGCGAGCAGGGUUUUCGAGAGCAUGACGAGCCACAGCGUGGUUUCUUUCAACGCUCUCAUGCUGGCCUACGCCGAGAACCAACAGGGGGACGUGACUUUCGGCUUUUUCUCUCGAAUGGUGCCGGAGGGAUGCCAGCCGAAUGCUCUCAGCUAUGUUGCAGCGAUCAAAGCGUGCUCGAGCUUGGUCACUCUAGACAUUGGCAAGGGAAUCCAGGCUCAAGUCUGCCGCCGCGGCUUGGAGAGUGACCCGGUUCUAGAGGCCAGUCUCGUCGACGUCUUUGGCAAGUGUGGAAGCAUGAUGAACGCUCAGCUGGUGUUUGAUUCAGUCCCCGGCAGGGAUCCAGUGACUUGGACUUCUCUCAUGGUAGGCUACAGUCGACAAUGUGAUUCUCACAUCGUUUUCGAGCUUUUCCAGGAGAUGAAAGAGCAGAGCUUGAGGCCAGACGCGGUGACUUUCAUCGCCAUUCUCACUGCUUGCAGUCACGCGGGCCUGGUGGAGAGAGGCAAGGGCUACUUUCGAGAGAUGAGCUCCAGGUAUGGAGUGGAGCCCCAGAUCGAGCACUACUCUUGCAUGGUGGACAUUCUGGGACGAGCAAACCGGCUGCCCGAGGCGGUGGAGCUGCUGGAAAGAAUGCCGGUGAGAGCGAGCAGGAUCACUUGGUCGACGCUGCUGGGCGCGUGCAAGAAGUGGAAGAACUUGGAAGUCGGGAGGUUUGCGUUUGAUUCGCUCAUGGCGCUGGAUGACAGUGAUCCCGCGGCCUAUGUGCUCAUGUCCAACCUCUAUAACCAGAGCUCGCAAGAGAUUGUGCCUCAUGGAAGUUCUUCUUGAUCAACGGCCUUUCAGCUGAUAUGGAACGACCAACGGCCAAGUGCCGUACUACCCUCGCGAAUAUUCGUACGAAACGCAUAGCGACCUAGGGUUUAUCGUGAGAGGGACAUGGCGGCCAAGAUCCAGCUUCCCUCCACGUUCCUCUCGUAUCUCAUCAUGUUCACGGCGGCGUUCACCGGUGCAUCGAUCGUCCACAACAUCGCCAAGCCGGAUCUGAGAUUGCCGAAGGUCGAUGAAGCAGGCAACAAGAUAGAUGCUCGCGAUUCUUCUGAUUCUAGGGGAUGAAGGAAGAAUGCCGCUCUAUUGCGAUCGAGAAAGCCACAGCUUAGCAGCUCUGGCCAGCUUUCGCUCCAUCUGACGAUCCUCCCAUCCAUCCUGGUGCUUCUCUCCCUCUCAGCCAGAGCCGCGCAAGCCAUAGCCACCACUAAAGUAGCACCGCUAGGCGAGGAGCUUGGAGAGAGGGAUGGCUGUCUAGCGGCCAAGUGUGGCUGGGACUCCAACCUCUUCGUGGCCAACACGCUCAUUGGUUGACGCUCUGUCUUGGAACUCUCUCAUGCUCACUACACUCUCGGGCUAUGGAGCUGGGCUUUGUGUCGGAUGUCUACGUUGGAAGCACGCUGGUCGACAUGUACGCGAGCUGUGGGAGACUGGGCCGUGCUCGAGAGGUGUUUGAGAAGAUGAGGCAGCGGGAUGCUGUGUCGUAGACCACCAUGAUCCAGGGAUGCAUAAACAACGAGGAAGGGGAGAUGGCUUUGCAGCUGUUUCGACGUAUGAGCUCCUGCGAAGAUGGUGUUCUACCCGAUGGUUCCACCUACGUGGCGGUGUUAACGGCUUGCGCUGGCCUGGCUGCGAGAGAAGUGCUCGUAUGAGGAUCCGGGAAAGCUGGUGAAGCUCCAGUCUUUGCAGAAGGGGAUGGAGAUUCACAGGCAGGCUUUAAAGUCCGGCUACUCUUCGGACUUCUUCGUGGCCAGCUCCUUGGUGGUGAUGUAUGGCAAAGUGUGGAAGUAUGGCGGAUGCUCGGGCAAUCUUCAACAGGCUUCCUCGUUAUGAUGCGGUGUGCUGGACGGCACUGAUACUCGGCUACGCGGAGAGCGACGAGGCCGAGCUAGCUUUGGAGCUCUUCUGGUGCAUGCAACGAGAAGUAGGCUGUCUUCCGCGCUCUCGGACGAUUGUCACAGCACUGGUAGCUUGCAUGGGACUGGCAGCGAAGGAACAAGGUCAGCAGAUUGAUGGAAAGCACGUGAAAGUUUCGUGUUUGGACAAAGGCAUGGGUAUCCACUGUGAAGCUGCGAAGUUCGUUUUCGUAGCCAGCAGUCUCGUCGACUUUUAUGGGAAGUGUGGAAGCGUGCUGGAUGCGCGGCUUACCUUUGACAGAAUGCCGCGGCAUGACACGGUGGUGUGGACAGCGAUGAUCCAGGCCUGUGGAGAGAAUGGAGAGGAUGAAGCGGCAGUGGAGUUAUUCCAUUGCAUGGAGACUCGGGGGCUGCUGCCAAACGCUUGGACCACUGUCGCUGCGCUGAGUUCCAUUGCUACUUUGGCUGCUGCAAGGGAAGAAGAGGACUGCGUGGGGACGGACUACUUGGAGAGCGUGACGAGCAUCUCUCGCUGCCGCGACGUCCACUUUUAUCAUGGAGAACACGCUGAUUGACGCCUACUCCAAAUGCGGUAGCGUGAUGGAUGCCCGGAAGGUGUUCGAGUCCUGGAACGCUCUCAUACUUGGGCUCGUAGACAACGGGGAAGCCGAGCUUGCGACCGAGAUGUUCGCACGCAUGACGCAGAACGAGAGCAGUCCAGCAGCGGCGAACACCCGGACUUUUGCCGCCGUGCUCACGGCUUGGAGCAACUUGGCAGCCUUGGAGACUGGAAAGCUCGUCCACGCUCGCGUUUGCCGGCUGGGGGUGGAGUGCGAGCCAUACGUAUCCAACUGCCUGGUGGGACUCUACAGCAGAUGCGGGUCUAUAAGCGACGCCGAGGAGCUGUUUGGUUCCAUCAGCGACCGGAAGAGCGCGGUGGCAUGGUCGGCGCUGCUAGGCCAAGGAGCUUGCGAGAAAGUGUUUAGCUUGCUCGAAGGAUCCGCAGGGAAGGCUUAGCAUGGCGUGGUACAGGAGCUCAAGCACUACCACUGCAUGAUCGAUAUGCUUGGAAGGGCCAACCUGGUGGGUGAAGCGGUGGAGACGGUGGAAACCAUGCCGUAUAGAGCAACAGCCAUGACUUGGACGAUUGUCUUGGCGGCGCGCCGCUGGGAUUGGUGAAGCUGAGAGAACGCGGCGGCCUACUUACAGCCACCGGGAGGUUGAUCUCUCUCGCAAUUAGUCGGUUUGGUUCCACGUCAGCUGAAAGUCUGAUGUCAGCACCUAGAAUUUUACAUGGAUUUGAUGUGGCACCCUGAGAAGAAUGGAGGGAGCGAAGCCCAAACCAUCGAGGAUGAGAAGUGGAUGCGAUUGGAGGAGGCUUUGUGUUUUGAUCCCUUCGAAAGCUGACGAUUCGAUCAAACUUCGUGUCUUGGCUUUGGUUCCUCCAGUGGUAGUGGCGUUGCCUUUUUGCAGCAUUAUUCGUUGCCACUACAUUUGAUGGUUCCACGACGGGCCACGUUCACAGUGUUCUCAUGGAAAUGCAAGUCAGAGCUUUGAAAAACCAUGGAACUUAAAUUGUUGCAUCUUCAGAUGAGCAUAGCAACGGCUUACAGAGUCCCACAAAAAGUACGCUCCAUUUCACAAGUAAUUUCCUUUUUCUAUU